AUGGCUCCGAAGGUCUUGUUAAUGGGCGAGUUGUUCUGGGCAGGACCGGAUGCCGAAGAGCUUCUGGGCGGUAUUGCAGAGCUUGUGCCUAUGGAAUCUCAAUCCCGCGAAGAGUUCUUCCAAGAUUGCGCUCCUGGUGGACGAUACAGCGACAUAGUGGGGAUCUAUCAUGAACACCUCUCAGAUAAAAUCGGAGCAGGAUAUGAUUCGGUGGGAGUGAAAGCUGCUAAAGCUAGAGGCAUCGGAGUGUCCAAUACUCCCGGUGCAGUAGACGAGGCCACCGCAACCACAGCCGUGUUCCUCCUCGUCGCGACGAUGCGUAGAUUCAGCUGGUGCGAAGCAAAUCUGAGGGCUGGUGGAUUCAACCCACCUGGUGUAGAAGAAAGCGCAAGAGAUCUAAGUGGGAAGACAGUUGGUAUAUUGGGUAUGGGAGGAAUAGGACUCAAGAUGGCGAAUUACAUCAGACCAUUCGGCUGUAAUCUACUCUACCACAAUCGACGACCUAACUCUCUGGCACCACCCGAUGUCAAAUAUGUCUCCGAGCUCUACGAGUUUCUCGGACAAUUGGAUGUGCUGAUGGUCAGUAUACCGCUUAGUGAGAAGACCAGAGGAUUUGUGGGCGAAAAGGAGAUUAGGACGAUGAAGAAAGGAAGUAUCAUUGUGAAUACUGCUAGAGGUCCGGUCAUAGAUGAGGAAGCGAUGAUCAAGGCUUUACAGGACGGUCAUCUCGGAUCAGUCGGCUUAGAUGUAUUCACCAAAGAACCCGAAGUCGAUCAGCGAUUGAAAGACAUGAAACACAUCACCCUUCUGCCUCACGUCGGUACUGAGAACCAAGAGGCUAGGAGGAAGAUGGAAAGGACAGCGUUGGUAAACCUAAAGGAGUUCUUGACAACUGGUACGGGACCGAACUUGGUGCCAGAGUGUCAAUGA